GACCUGACUCCGCAGGAGCAAUCCAUCAAGCCUGGGAGCUGCAGGAGAAGGCCUCACCUGAGGACUGUGACCAAAGACCCUGGUGGGGGGUACCAGAGAGGGGGCUGGUGAUGUAUUUCAGGGGAGGCUGUUGGCUAAGAGUGGAGUCGGGAGCAAGGGGCGCAGGGCCACAUACCCUGCCUAAGUUAGUCUGAUGGCACCCCUCCCACAGCCCUUGCUCACGGUGGCAGGCCUGGGUACCACAAACCUCAGCCCUUGGCUUCCUCCACCUUCUGCCACAGCUUAUUGGCUCAGGAGUGCACACCUGAGCCAAGGAUGGUGCUCUGCAGUCUGACAAGUGGCUUUGGACAUGUGCGGGGGUGAGACCCUGUGCAGAGAUGAGCUGGUCAGUGGGAAGAGAACGAGGUCCUCCUUCUGGUGGGUCUCUUACAGGAACUGUAGGAUGGUGAUGAGGAGCCAGGUUUGUCUGGACACAGAAAUGCAGGCACCAGAAGCUGCUGAGAGAGAACAGAACAUUCUUCUUAUUUCCACGCAGCCAGAUUACAUCUAAGGACACUCCUGGCAUCUUUCUGACCCCUCACCCACUCACUUGGAGAGAAGGGGAAGUUGUUGACUGCCUGGAACCUCCCCUUGCCUCUGAUGCAGUCGUAGAUAAGAAAUUGAGCCACGGACUGGUUACCGACAUGCUCCAAGGAACACCUGUAGUAAGUGGUGGAAGCCACGUUUAAGCCCGAGAAUCUGCGUCACGAGAUGUGUUCACGGGAGAAGAGACUUCGGCGUGGAUUCCGGCUUUCAGAAUGCCCUGCGUGGGAGGAUGCACCUGGUGCCUUGGGAAAGGAAAAGGGCGCGAGGACUCGCGUUCCAGGCGGGGCCGGAGAGGAUCUCCUGCGCGCCGCUCGCCUCCCGGCCGGCUCGCUCGCCCGCCCGCGGUGGCCCCCUCGGCCCUUGGCUCGCGCGUCAUCCUCUCCCGCACCAGGGAGUAGUUUGGGGUGGCGUGGGCUCCGUCCUCCUCCUGGCUGGUGGGAACGGUGUGCCCGGGAGAGGAAGUGUGGUGGGCCCGGCCCCUCCCCGCCCAGUGCCGAUGAGUGCCAGGGCGCCCAAGGAGCUGAGGCUGGCGCUGCCGCCGUGUCUCCUCAACCGGACCUUUGCCUCCCCCAACGCCAGCGGCGGCGGCGGCAACGCGAGCGCCCGUGGCCCGGGUGCAGGCGGCAGCGGCGGCGGCACCUGCAUCACGCAGGUGGGACAGCAGCUCUUCCAGUCCUUCUCGUCCACGCUGGUGCUGAUUGUCCUGGUCACCCUCAUCUUCUGCCUCAUCGUGCUGUCCCUCUCCACCUUCCACAUCCACAAGCGGAGGAUGAAGAAGCGGAAGAUGCAGAGGGCUCAGGAGGAGUACGAGCGGGAUCACUGCAGCAGCAACCGCGGCGGCCGGGGGCUGCCCCCAGCGGCGAGCGGCCAGGCCCCCGCCCCUGCCAAAGAAACCCGGCUGGAGAGGCAGCCCCGGGACUUCGCCUUCUGCGCCCCCUCCGACGCCUCCUCUUCGUCUUCGGCCCCCGGCCUCCCGUGCCAGGGUGCCCGCGCUCCUCCUCCUCCUCCACCACCGGCCCCCAGUCCGCAAGGAGCACACGCGGCCUCCUCCUGUUUGGACACAGCUGGCGAGGGCCUUUUGCAAACGGUGGUACUGUCCUGAUUGUUGAGCCCCUCUCUCCUCUCCUCUCCCUCAUGUCCAGCAUCUUGGCCUUCCUUGCUUUUAUCCCCCUCCGCCCUUCCCCUCCCACUUUUCUCUGGUUUCUCUUCCCUCUUCCUUCCUUCCGUAUCUGCCCUCCCCUC